AUGCGACGAUUCGGAUUCGCUCUCGGGGAUAAAAUGAUGAAAAUGAUAGACAUUGGAGCAAACCUCACAGACCCAAUGUUUCAAGGGAUUUAUAACGGCAAUGCGAAACACGGACCGGAUCUUUCGCACGUGCUGAAUCGUGGGUGGUCCGGUGGCUUAGAUAAAAUUAUUGUUACCGUGGGAACGCUUUCGGACUGUGGCUCCGCAUUUGAUAUUGUAAAAAAUGAUGAGCGACUUUACUGCACUGUUGGAGUCCAUCCUACUUAUUGCGGACAGUGCGAGACAGAUCCGGAUGCAUAUUUCGCAUCCUUGUGCCAUGAGAUUGAGAGCCAUCGCGAUAAGGUGAUCGCUGUUGGUGAGUGCGGCUUGGACUACGAUCGAUUGCAUUUCUGCGAAAAGGACGUUCAGCAACGUUUCUUCGAGAAGCAGCUGGAUUUGGCGGAAAAAUACAAUCUGCCACUGUUUCUACACUGUCGCAAUGCACACGAUGAUUUCAUUGCGAUUUUGCAGCGCAAUCUCCAACGACUUCCGAAGCGUGGGGUGGUGCACUCGUUUGACGGACCGUUGGUUGCGGCUGAGACAUUGAUAGCGGCAGGAUUCUACAUCGGUCUCAACGGGUGUUCACUAAAGACGGAGGAUAAUCUUGCGGUUGUGGCUAGUAUACCAGACGAAUGGAUUAUGAUAGAAACCGAUAGCCCAUGGUGCGAGAUUCGGCCGUCCCAUGCCGGAUCGAAGUACGUGAAAAGCAAGUUUCCGACCGUGAAGAAAAAAGAAAAAUGGGACCCCAACUCCCUCAUUGCUGGACGCUGUGAGCCGGUUAUGAUUUGCCAAGUUCUCGAAGUGUUAGCUGGUGUGAAAAAAAAAUCAAUUUCGGAACUUGCUGCGCAGUACUACAACAACACGAUGAAAAUGUUUUUUUCUGUUUAAGACACUCUUGAAAGCAUUGAUUUGGCAUAGAAAAUAA